CCACCAUCUUCUCUCAACAAACGACUUACCGCCCUAUAGCUUUGCUUGGGGUCUUUCUUAUAAAAACGUCUCGAAAACAAGGAUCCAAUCAAGGUUGCGGGUAUUGGGGUUGUUCUGGGAGGUGAAUUCACCAUGAUGCAAUCUGGGGUGCCUGUAUGCAACACUUGUGGUGAUCAAGUGGGACUUAAUGCUAAUGGGGACGCGUUUGUGGCUUGCCAUGAGUGUAACUUCCCCAUUUGCAAGGCCUGCUUUGAUGAUGAGAUCAAGGAUGGUCGCAAAGCUUGUUUGCGCUGUGGAGCUACUUAUGAUGAGAACUUGCUAGAUGAUGCUGAAACGAAGGUAUCUGCCAAUCGAUCCACAAUGGCUGCUCAUCUUGGUGAUUCUCAGGAUGUUGGACUUCAUGCAAGACAUGUCAGUAGCGUCUCUACUGUGGACAGUGAAUAUAAUGAUGAAUCUGGGAAUCCAAUUUGGAAAAAUAGAGUGGAGAGUUGGAAGGAAAAAAAGAACAAGAAGAAGAAGGCUGCACCUAAGGUUGAAAAAGAGGCCGCUGAAAUCCCACCAGAGCAGCAGAUGGAAGAAAAGCAGCAGUCCACAGAUGCUGCGGAGCCACUUUCAAUUACAAUUCCAAUUCCAAAAAGCAAACUCUCACCAUACAGAACUGUGAUAAUCAUGCGACUGAUCAUUCUGGGUCUUUUCUUCCAUUACCGAGUGACAAAUCCUGUUGAUAGUGCUUUUGGUCUUUGGCUCACUUCUGUCAUUUGUGAGAUCUGGUUUGCUUUUUCUUGGGUGUUGGAUCAGUUCCCUAAAUGGACUCCCAUUAACAGGGAAACAUAUAUUGAUAGGUUAUCUGCAAGGUUUGAAAGAGAAGGUGAACCCUCUCAGCUUGCUGCUGUAGAUUUUUUUGUGAGUACUGUUGAUCCAUUGAAAGAACCUCCCUUGAUCACUGCCAAUACGGUGCUUUCCAUUCUUGCUUUGGACUACCCCGUGGAUAAAGUGUCAUGCUAUGUAUCUGAUGAUGGUGCUGCCAUGCUUACAUUUGAAUCUCUAGUAGAAACAGCUGACUUUGCAAGGAAAUGGGUUCCAUUCUGCAAAAAGUAUGCAAUUGAACCACGGGCACCUGAGUUCUACUUCUCACAGAAGAUUGAUUACUUGAAGGACAAAGUGCAGCCUUCUUUUGUGAAAGAGCGCAGAGCAAUGAAAAGAGAUUAUGAAGAAUACAAAGUUAGAGUAAAUGCUCUAGUUGCGAAGGCUCAAAAAACACCUGAGGAUGGAUGGACUAUGCAAGAUGGAACACCUUGGCCAGGAAAUAACCCUCGCGACCACCCUGGCAUGAUUCAGGUUUUCCUUGGACACAGUGGUGCUCGUGACAUUGAGGGAAAUGAACUUCCUAGAUUGGUUUAUGUUUCCAGAGAGAAGAGACCUGGUUACCAACACCACAAAAAAGCUGGUGCUGAAAAUGCUCUUAUAAGAGUUUCUGCAGUUCUCACAAAUGCUCCCUACAUCCUCAAUCUUGAUUGUGAUCACUAUGUUAACAAUAGCAAGGCAGUUAGAGAGGCCAUGUGCUUCAUGAUGGACCCACAAGUUGGUCGAGAUGUAUGUUAUGUGCAGUUCCCUCAAAGGUUUGACGGUAUUGAUAGGAGUGACCGAUAUGCCAAUCGCAACAUAGUUUUCUUCGAUGUUAACAUGAAAGGACUAGAUGGAAUCCAAGGACCAGUUUAUGUGGGGACAGGUUGUAUGUUCUACAGGCAAGCUCUUUAUGGCUAUGGACCUCCUACAAUGCCUAGCUUACCCAAGAAAUCCUCAUCUUGUUGCUCCUGUUGCUGCCCCUCUAAGAAGAAGCCCACUAAAGAUCUCUCUGAGAUUUACCGAGAUGCAAAACGCGAAGAGCUAGAUGCUGCCAUCUUUAACCUUCAGGAGAUUGAUAAUUAUGAUGAGCAUGAGAGGUCAAUGCUGAUCUCCCAGAUGAGUUUUGAGAAGACUUUUGGUUUGUCUUCUGUCUUCAUUGAAUCUACACUGAUGGAAAAUGGAGGAGUGCCCGAUUCUGUCAAUCCCUCGGCACUUAUCAAGGAAGCAAUUCACGUCAUCAGCUGUGGCUAUGAAGAGAAGACUGAGUGGGGAAAAGAGAUUGGUUGGAUAUAUGGUUCGGUCACUGAGGAUAUCUUAACAGGAUUCAAGAUGCACUGUAGAGGAUGGAGAUCUAUUUACUGCAUGCCCUUAAGGCCUGCUUUCAAAGGGUCUGCACCCAUCAAUCUUUCUGAUCGGCUCCACCAGGUUCUCCGCUGGGCUCUUGGGUCUGUGGAGAUUUUCCUGAGUAGACACUGCCCCCUCUGGUAUGGAUACGGAGGAGGUCGCCUCAAAUGGUUGCAAAGACUGGCAUAUAUUAACACCAUUGUAUACCCAUUUACGUCCCUCCCCCUUAUUGCUUAUUGUACAUUGCCUGCAAUUUGCCUUCUCACCGGAAAAUUUAUUAUACCAACGCUCUCAAACUUGGCAAGUGCCCUGUUUCUUGGUCUCUUCAUGUCCAUCAUUGUGACCAGUGUGCUUGAAUUGAGAUGGAGUGGAGUUGGCAUUGAGGACCUGUGGCGUAAUGAGCAGUUUUGGGUCAUUGGAGGUGUUUCAGCCCAUCUCUUUGCCGUCUUUCAAGGAUUUCUAAAAAUGCUUGCAGGCAUUGACACCAACUUCACUGUCACAGCAAAGGCAGCUGACGAUACAGAAUUUGGGGAGCUCUAUAUGAUCAAAUGGACAACACUCUUGAUCGCUCCAACUACUCUUAUCAUUGUCAACAUGGUAGGUGUUGUUGCUGGUUUCUCCGAUGCAUUGAACAAAGGAUAUGAAGCAUGGGGACCCCUUUUCGGAAAGGUGUUCUUCGCCUUUUGGGUGAUCUUCCAUCUGUAUCCAUUCCUCAAGGGUCUCAUGGGUCGCCAAAACAGAACCCCGACCAUUGUUGUUUUAUGGUCAGUUCUCUUGGCUUCGGUCUUCUCCCUUGUUUGGGUCAAGAUCAAUCCAUUUGUGAGCUCACACGAUGGCUCAACGGUUGCACAAAGCUGCAUCUCCAUAGACUGCUGAGUUUUCUGAAGUUCUCCAGGUUUUGGACACUUUCAAAGUUAUACAAUUGUUUAGUUGUCACUGUACUUCCUGUGACCAGCUUGGUGCUUUAAAUUGAAUAGUGAAUAGUUUGCAUUGAUCAUGUUUUCUUUAUGAGUGAUGAAAAUUCAACUUAUAAGAUCUUUAAGCAUUGCUGUCUGUGAACAAUAUCAUUGCAACUACAGGAUGUAAUAUCUCUGCCUAAUGAAAACAGUAGAAAAAUGAAUCAAAUGGCAUAAUUCCUGUCCAUUUUACUCA